GGGGGAGAGCCGGCGGGGAGCGGCGGGACGCGGCGCGGCUGUAAGUGCCCGAGCGAAAAGUUCUCGUCGGGCGCAUUGUCUGCGGGAGGAGCGGCGGGGGGCGGGCCGGGCCGGGGGCGGCGCGGGGUCCCGCAGCGCUCAGCCCGAGCGCGGGGCUCCGCCGCCCCGGGGUACGGCUUUGUUCGGCGUUCGGAGGGCGGCCCGCGGCGCGGCGGCUUCGCAAAGUUGGUGCGGGCUUUCCGCCGUGCCCGCUUCCUCCUCCUCGGGGCUGGCAGCGCCCCGGCCCCGCACGGGGCCCUCGCCGGGGUGGGGGUGGUGCGAGCGGCCGCUCCGGGCAGCCCCCGCCGUGGCACCGGGGCUGGCGGGCGGCCAGGAGGGCCGUGUCACAAUAAGAGUCCCCGUCCCCCUCCACCCCCCCACCCCACCCCCCCCCCCGCUCAAGGUGCGCCGGGGCCGCGCUGCCCGGAGGGGCGCUCCGCUGCCGCCUGCCGGGAACGUCGGGGCACCGCGGGGUGCGGGCCGGGCGGGGGAUCGGCCGGGAGCUGCUCCGGCGCCGGGCGGUGCGGGGACGGCGGGGCGGCCCGGGGCGGUGGCACAGCCCGGUGUGUGCUGCGCUGCGUGACUGCGAGGGGAGAGCCCCGGCCCUGCUCCAGUGGGCACAGCCUGAAGCUGCGCAGUAUCGCGCGGCGUUCCCGAUCUCACGGCCCCGAAGUUGGGAUGUGCGCUCCUGCUGCCCCGCGGCAUCUGCUUGCGGCUGUAUCUCGGAUGUCUGACCUGCACUGCGGUCACUUUCAGCCCCUGGGUGCAGACAGGACCCCCCGCGGGACCCAUGAACCUCACUGACAGAGCCUCACAAUGACAGAGGAAGCAUGCAGGACACGAAGUCAGAAACGAGCCUUAGAACGUGAGGUACCGCAUAACGAUGUGGACAGCAAGAAACUAAAGAUGGAGAAAGGACUGUUAGGAACUGAAAUAAGUGCCGAAGGAGACAUGAAAAUAAAAACGGACCCCGGAGCUGGAAAAGUGCAAGGACUGUUAAAAAGCGGAGAGGUGAAAGCAACCAUUAAAGUGGAGGUUCAGACGGGAGACGAGCCCGUGGACAUGAGUACUUCCAAAAGUGAAAUAAAGAGAGAGAAGCGAGUCCCCUCCCCGGACGUCAUAGUGCUGUCAGACAAUGAACCUUCUAGCCCUAGAAUGAAUGGUUUAACAAAAAUAGCAUUAAAAGAGACCAACACAGAGGCACUCAUGAAAAGCAGUCCUGAGGAGCGUGAGAGGAUGAUCAAACAGCUGAAGGAAGAGCUGCGGUUAGAGGAAGCAAAGCUGGUCCUAUUGAAGAAGUUACGGCAGAGUCAAAUCCAGAAGGAGACCACUGCUCAGAAGCCUGCCUGUUCCUCUGGGAGUGCUGUGGCCACCCCUCCGCCCUUGGUGCGGGGCACGCAGAGUGUUCCUGCUGGCAAGCCGUCCCUGCAGACCUCUUCUACACGUAUACCGGGCACUGUUAUUCCUCCUCCAUUGGUUCGUGGUGGGCAGCAGACCUCUGCAAAAUUAGGAACCCAGCAAAACACACAGAUAGUCAUGCCACCCCUUGUCAGAGGAGCACAGCAAAUCCACAACAUCCGACAGCACUCCAGCACGGGGCCACCUCCACUGCUGCUGGCGCCGCGGGCAUCGGUCCCCAGCGUGCAAAUUCAGGGGCAGAGAAUUAUCCAGCAGGGCCUGAUCCGGGUGGCCAACGUCCCCAAUACCAGCCUGAUAGUCAACAUCCCGCAGGCCUCUCCAACUUCAAUCAAGGGUACAACGGUGACGUCGGCUCAGGCGAAUGCGACCACCACCAGUGCUGCUUCCAUCGUCAACUCCAACGAGUCGCCCGCCAGCCGGCAAGCUGCAGCCAAGCUGGCGCUGCGGAAGCAGCUGGAGAAGACACUGCUGGAGAUCCCUCCUCCGAAGCCUCCUGCUCCAGAGAUGAACUUCCUGCCCAGCGCAGCUAAUAACGAAUUCAUUUACCUGGUUGGAUUGGAAGAAGUGGUGCAGAAUUUGCUGGAAACUCAAGGUAAAGUUUCCAUCCCCGUUUCAUCUCGCGAGCCCUAUAUGUGCGCUCAGUGUAAGACUGACUUCACCUGCCGCUGGAGGGAGGAGAAGAAUGGAACCAUCAUGUGUGAAACCUGUAUGACAUCCAAUCAGAAGAAGGCCUUGAAAGCAGAGCACACUAACAGGCUGAAGGCUGCCUUCGUCAAAGCUCUGCAGCAGGAGCAGGAGAUCGAGCAGAGGAUACUGCAACAGACUGCAUCUCCCGUACAGAGCAAGUCAGACCCCAUCGUGCAGCACCACUCGCUCAAGCAGACUUCUAGCCAGAUGUCUCGAGGCUCUGGAGCCCCGCGGGGAGUGUUGCAUGCAUUUAGCCAGUCACCCAAGUUGCAGAAUGCAUCGUCUGCAGCAGCACUUGGGAGUAGGCCAGGUAAGCAUGCUGAGAGACCUGUCAGCAAGGGCAGCGCUGCCGCCUGGAAGAAGACUCCCAUCAAUACAGGUGGGGCUCUCCCCUUUGUGAACCCUAGUUUAGCUGUGCACAAGUCCUCCUCGGCAGUAGACCGCCAGCGCGAGUAUCUCCUGGAUAUGAUCCCCCCACGGUCCAUCCCACAGUCUGCCACGUGGAAAUAAUGCAGAGGAACGCCCGAGAGGAAGACUUUCCUGUUUCUGCCAUCCUUUUUAUACCACACAACAGUGGAAUCUGCUUUAAUCCCAGCUGGAUACGCCCCAGGCUUUAUAGGAUGCAAGAAGACCACUCCUCAUCCCAUCGAGUGCUGCUGUCCCUGCUAUGAGAAAUGACGCCGUGUGGGUGGGAAAGACUCGAGCUCGUUUGGUUAUCAGAUUCUUGUGAUUGACUGAUGAUGAAGGCUGUCGGGGAAGGGGAAGAAUUCUUAUUUUUUGGGCUUUAUAUAUUUAGUUUGGAUUUCCUUUGUCACCAGCACAAGAGGAGGACUGAGUGACUCUCUGCCUUCGGUUUCUGUGUUAUAACUGCACCGGUGAUGGUUCACCACGGAGCACGGAUGGCAGCCUGGGGAGAGCAGCUUCCACCGGUCCUGCAGACACAUUUAGUGAGCCGAGUUCAUGUUUGCUUUUCUUCCCUGCCCCUCCUCAGCCAGGAAGGCAGUUUACAGAUGAUAAUGUUCCAAAAUCCGCUGAUGAUGAGCUAAUGAUAAAUAAGCGCAAACUGAAAUUCCACUUGAGUCUGUUGUUUUCUAAGGGACUGGCUGCCACCAAAACUUGCCUGGUGGGUGGGACCCAGUGCAGGAGCCUCUCACUUCUGUUGGAUUCUGUUUUGAAUAGACUUUGAACUGUUGGUAGUCUAAGAAUCUAAUUUACUGCAUAGACAAACACCUUUGUUCGACCUUUCUAAUUCAGCGAAGAGCAGUUGGGCCUUUCAUACGUUCCCAGAGGACUUAAUGAGCAAAACUGUUUGGGAUUCAUUUCUUUUUUCUUUCUUUUUUUUUUUUUUUUUGGAGGUUUAUUGUUGUUUUUGAGCAGUUUUACUCCAAAUCCAGGAGCUGCAGAAGCUGCGCGCAGUCAGAAGGGCGAGCAGAGGGAGCAGACGAGGGGGGCAUGGUUGGGGUCAACACUGUGCCCACCACUCCCCCCUUCCAGGCCCGCUCCCCGGCCACUGCAGUAUUGCAUUUUGAUAGAGCUUUAGGUAACCCUGCUUUAAGGACAGGUUUCUACGUGGUUUUAAUAUAUUUUGGGGAUUCCACAGGUUUCAGCCCAGGUCCCUCAGGUCCGGUUUGUCUCCUCGUCAUCUUCUCUCCUUCUUCCCUGUGCUUCUCCCAAAUUCACGUCCCAAUUCGAGUGGCAGAAAGACAUGCCUUACUACUUACGUUGCAUAUCAGUGCUAGAAGUAGUGCUGAUGAGAAUUAUUUGCAAAAUUAUAUAUAUAUCUAUAUAUCUAUAUAUAAAAGAAAAGGGGGGAGGGGGGGUACUACUCAGCCUCUACGCUGAAUCUUAUUUUCUUAGCAGCUGCUGUUAGAUCUAACUCUGAAGCAGUCACUGUGUGGGGCCGCCCCCCCCCAGGUCUAACUAUUGCAUAGUGGGAAAGAGAACUCGUCCAUUUUAGCCCCUGUUCUGUUGUGUGAAUAUCAAUAUUUAGAUACUUUGGAAGCUGUUGGGUAGCCUAGAGAGCCUAGUUUUGCAAAAUGGUCUUUGUUGCUGUAUGAAGCCCUAGGAUUUCCAUUGGACUUUGGGUUUUUUUUCUCCUCCGUUUGUGUUACAAAUGUAUAUUAAGAGCGAACUGGGCACGAGAGGAAUUAAUUGUGUUGGGUUCAUUUUUCUUUUCAUUCCGGGGUAUUUUGGAUGGGGAGAUGUGGAGAGAGAGAGAGAGAGAGAGAGAAAUGGAGUGCAUUUUAUUUUUGCACUUUGAAAUAUUACAGAGUUGUUUCAGUUCUUUACACGUGUGGAGUUUUCUUGUAUUGUUUUUCUUUUCUCUCUUCUGACCAAUGCCUGCUUUAUCACCAAAACACGUCCAGAUCUGAUACCUGACCUGGGGAUGGGGAGAGCGUUGGUCCAAAAAGAAGCAGCAAAGCUUCUCUCAAUUGGAAAUGCAGAUGCUUUGGGAGGGUGGGAGGGGGGGGGGGGGGCGGAGUGAUGUCUGCCUUCUGUGUCAGAGCUGGGAAAGGGGGAAUGGAAAAGAGGGGCAGAAGUAUGAAAAGCACCCGGGUUCAAAGCGAUGUCAGCGCCCGUUUGGGUGCCGCCGGUUGGGCGCAGCAGCUCACGCUGUGGGGUUUCAGCACAGCCCAUAGGGGAGACGUGGCACUAAGCCCAGUGUGAUGGGAGAGCUCAGAACUGGAAGCAGGAAGCACGUAGCAUCUUGCAGACGCUGCUCCCCCGUGGUGCUGGACCACAGUGAGCUUUCACUUGGUGAAUCAGAGGGCCCCGUGAGCCGUAUCCAUUGGGGCAGCGUUGUUCCAGGGGGUUUGUAGCCAACAGAUCCAGCCCAGCCAUCACUGCUGGCAUCCAGACCCGCUCUGACAUCGUUUUUAAUCCGUGGUUCUUGGAGCGCUGCAGGUAACUUCCGUAUUUAUUGCAUGUGUCACUGCAGAGCCCUGGGUGGGUGCUGCAGCAGAACACGAGCGCUGCGCCCUGCUGCACGGCCGGAGCUGCGUGCUCUGCUCAGCACUGCAGGGUGGGUACCGCACUGCGGGUCGGGCAUCUCCUCCUCCCCCUCCUCAUCGCCCUGCCGGAAGAAGGGGGGAAAAAAGGAAAAAGCAGAAAAGCUCAAUUGGAUGGGAUGUCCCAAUAGUGGUGUUACGAGGUGGCGGUGCUGGGGGAGCGGCGGAGGCGGCGGCUGAGGAGCUCUGCAGAACAAACCUCUGCUCCUUCGUGCUGCCACGCGCUCGGAUUCCCACCCCCGAAGGGCUCCCGGCCCCACAGAACUGUGGGGUGAGCUCUGAACAAAGACCGACCGCCGCUUGGCUGCACAGUGCUGCAUGAGCUGGGGACGGUGCUGCAGGCUUCCACCUCUCCUGGGGAGAGGCUCAGAGCAGCGUUGGUUCUCGCAAGCCAUAUAACCUUUCUUGGAGACGUUGCAACGACGAGAUUUUAUAACACGGUAAUAAUGACAAUGACUUAUUGUACUUAGAUUUUAGCAACUUGUGAAAUAAACCCCUGAUUUUCAUUUGAAACCAG